AUGGAAGUCGAAGCCGCUAAAUCUACUGAAAUCCGCUGCCAAGAGAUGUCGAAGGGCGGUCUGGCGUAUGAGGUGAUCUUGGCGGAGCCUGUGGGCGUGCCGGUACCUCGACGUGCUGACUCCCCUGAAAAGACACCUUCAGUCGAAGAGAUUCAAGAGAAAUUGAGAGCAGCCGAAGAGAGGAGACGUAGCUUGGAGGCGAGCCGGAUGGCUGCUAUCGCGCAGAAGAUGGCGAAAAUCGAAGAAGCAUCUCGGAUCCGUAGUGAACAGACGAACAACUUCAUCGUAACUACGAAGGAGGCGCUCGACGCCAAGAUGGAGACGCACGAAGAGAAGCGUGAGGCGUAUAUCAACGAGCUGCGAGCGCGUCUCAAGGACCACUUGGAGGCUGUCGAAAAGACCAGGUUGACACUUGAGCAGCAGACAGCGGAAGUUUACAAGGCGAUCGAGGAGAAGAUGAACACGGCCGCUGACAAACGCGAUGAGAACAUUAAAAAGAUGCUGGAGCGACUUCGUGAACAUGAGGAGCAGGUUAAGAAGGUGCGUGCAGGCAACCAGGAGCGCUUCCAGCAGCUCGAGAGCGCCAUCCAGGACAAGCUGCAGCAGGCUGCUGACCGCCGCCUGCUCCUCGAGGCCGAGCAGAAGGAGAAACUACGCAACCACAAUAUUAAGCUAGCCGAGGUUCGUUCGGCCGCAACGGCGAAAGUCGAAGUAAUCACUAAGGACAUCGAAACUAAACUGACAACCGCUGAACAAAAUAGGGAGAAGGAAAUUCAGAAGAAACUAGAUUUCGUCAAAAAGGAGGAGCGGCGCGCGGAGCUGGUGCGGCAGAACAAGAGCGCGCGCGUGGACGUGGCCGCGCCCGCCACCUUGGGCUAG